AUGGCCAGAUGCCGCCACCACUCCGGGUACUUGGCGGACGACGAGGCAGGUCACACCACUUACAUGGCACGGGUGCAGCCACCCAGGAAGCCACUGUUCCCGGAAAUGGGGCCAACAUCCAAGCUGGGUCACGAGCCACACCUGCCAUCACUGUACCGUCCUUCAGGCAGCUCAGUGCUCCGUGGCCACCACCGAAGCACAUGGAACACUAAGCCCUUUGGCAGCUUCCUGGACUUCCUGGUCGAGAGCCAGGUGCUGGACAGCCUGCAGACAGUGGUGGAGGAGGCAACGGAGCGCAUGGCAGCCAUGAGGACAAAAGCCGGGAACCCCCUGGUGGAAGUGCAGGACCCCAUGGAAGCACCUAGCAGCAGGCGGCGGGCACGGGCCCAGCCCAGCCUCAGCACUGUGCACCGGCACCGGACACAGCCCAGCCUCUGCACCGGGCACCUCAACAACUACCCGUCCUGCUCCAGCUCUGCGUCUGACACCCAAAGCAGCCUCUCAGCCGGCGGGCUGGGCUCACACAGCCGUGACAGUGACCUGGGUGCCCGUGGCGUAGGCCCCCUGCCCCCCAUGAGGGACAGACUGCUGCUGGAGAGGAACCUCAAGCGGCUGUUGCGGCUGGAGAACAAAGGGAAAGGCCAGAGUAAGCCCUCCUCCCAGAGGGACUCCCUGCCGUGGGACUCAAUGGGCAGCCAGGCCAGCAGCCAGUGGACGCCUGAGCAGCCCCUGUCCUGGUUCUCAGGGCUGCUGGGCUCAGGCUCGGGCACACCCACGGUGUCAGAGCUGGGGCCCGCUGAGCGGGAGCUCAUCUUCCUCAAGCGGGAGUUUAACAAGCAGAUGAAGUCGCUGCUGAGCCAGCCGGCCUACUUCGACCUGCCACACUACUGCUCUGCCCGCGAGCCUUAUCACACGCUGGACUUCUUAGCCAAGCACCACCUCUUUCCUGCCCUGCAGCACGUUGUCCAUCAGGCAGUGGACAAGCUCAGCAGUGCCCGCUGCCAUGAUGGCUGUCCCCUCUUCUCGACGGAUUACAAACCCACCCCAGACCCAGAGCCACCACUCAGCUCUGAGCUGCUGCCAGGCUCCAUGCCACCCUCGCCUGAGGAGAAUCCCAAUGACAGAGAGGAGGAGCCCUACGAGUCGCUCCCCACCACAGCCUCCAGCCCCAAGAUGGGUUCCAGAAACAGCGUCAAGGGCAGAGGACGGGGAAAAGUAAAGGAAGGGGGCUCUCCCAUGUCUGGCACCCAGGUGGCCACCAAAUUCAGGCUCAAGGUGACCCCCACAGAGGAGUUCAAGGUCCCUGGCACCUCAUCCCCCGGGCAUGAGGUGCCUGACCUGGAGCUCAGAGAGCAGAACCCACCCCUGCCCACCUCUGGGACCCCAAGCCCGAGCCAGAGAGCCCAGCCCUGGCGGGGCCUGCACCUCACUCUGCCCACCCCCGGGAUCAUGGUGGACAUGCCCUCAAGCCAUGCCUGGCUCUCCUCCCUGGAGCCUCCUCCGCUGGCCUCUCCCUGCCAUCUCUUCUCCACACUCUCCCCACGACCCUCCACAAUAGGAAACUUCUCCCCAUCUUCCACCUCACUGUGUCCAGAGGUAACCUCCUUGAGGAGGGGUCUGGAGGCCUGGGGGACGGCUCUGCAGAGGGAGGGCUCCUUCACCCACCACUCCUAG